AGUUUCUAGUAGUCCUCCAAAGUCAAAAGCAACGCGAGAUACCCUCUCUUCUUUUCCAGGAAGCAAUCAACUCCGCGUUCCCCCAUCUCUCCAAAACUCACCGCCAACAAAAUCAAUCCCACCCGAAUCCGAAUCCGAAUCCGAAUCCGAUGGCAUCCCCGCAAUCGGAGCAACAGACGGCGACGUUCCUGAACAGCGUGCUCUCGCAGCGCGGCCCCUCCGCCCUCCCCUACGCCGAAGACAUCAAAUGGCACAUCCGGCAGCACCUCCUCGCCCUCAUCUCCUCCUACCCUUCCCUCGAGCCCAAAACGGCGACGUUCACCCACAACAACGGCCGCACCGUCAACCUCCUUCAGGUCGACGGCACCGUCCCGAUGACCUACCAGGGCGUCACCUACAACAUCCCCGUCGUCAUCUGGCUCAUCGACACCUACCCUCGCUACGCUCCCUGCGUCUACGUCAACCCCACCCGCGACAUGAUCAUCAAGCGCCCUCAUCCCUAUGUCGACCCCUCCGGCAUAGUCUCCAUCCCUUAUCUCCAGAACUGGGUCUACCCCAGCUCCAAUCUCCUCGACCUCGCUCGCCAGCUCAGCGACUACUUUGGCCGUGACCCGCCGCUCUACUCCUCCCAGCGCCGGCCCAAUCCGCCUCCGAAUCCGAACCCUAACCCUAACCCGAGCCAUCAUCUGUCGCCGAGUCUGUCGAAUUCGAGUUAUUCUUCUUCCGGAAGCUAUGCUCGGCCGGUGAUUCCGCCGACCAGGACGUACCCGCCGUCGCCGUACGGCAGCGGCGCGUCGUUCUCUCGGGUUCAGACCGAUGAUCCGACGGAUGUGUACAAGCGGAAUGCCAUCAAUAAGCUUGUGGAGAUCGUGCACGGGGACAUGGCCGGGUUGAGGAAGAUGAGGGAGGCCGAAAUGGACGGCCUUUUCAAUGCGCAGGUGGCGCUCCGGCAGCGAUCAGAGCAGCUCGGGAAAGGCUUGAAGGAGAUGCUGGACGAGAAGGAGGGUCUGGAGCAGCAAUUGCAGAUGGUUCUGAUGAAUUCUGAUGUUCUGGAGGGAUGGCUGAGAGAGAACGAGGGCAAGACCAAGGAUGGCGGUGUGGAUGUGGACGAUGCUUUGCAGUGUGUGGAUGCUCUUUCGAAGCAGAUGUUGGAGUGUACAGCCUCUGAUUUGGCUAUAGAAGAUGUUGUGUAUUCGUUGGAUAAGGCUGUGCAGGAUGGGGCUAUUCCAUUUGAUCAGUACUUGAGGACCGUCAGGUUGCUGUCAAGGGAGCAAUUCUUUCACCGGGCUACGGCAGCCAAGGUCAGGGCCGUGCAGAUGCAAUCACAAGUUGCUAACAUGGCCGCUAGGCUCUCACAUUAUGUUGCAUCAUAGGAUAGUCAUUGUUUUCGGUGUUGGUGUUGUUGGACGGGCUGGCCGCAUAUUUGUGCUGCAAUAGAAAUGGGGUAUGUAUAGAUUCAGAUUAGAUUCUUGUGAAAAUAUGUCAAUCUUUUCUUGUUCUUUUAUGUUUAUUUUAUUUUUAAUACUAGUCUGUACUUUCUCGUUUUCUCCAUUGGGUAAAAUGAUGAGUUCUGUUCAAUAAUACUCUGUCAACGCUCAAUUUUGUUCCGGAUUUAUAUAUCAAUAUCAGAUUAGUCAUUUUUCGUCAA